ACUAUCGGUGCCUCUUUUUUGUUAAAACUAUCUUUUUUGGUUGCAAGGCAGUAGUGUAAACAAUGCGUGCUGAAGCGCGGCUACCGGAGCCCGCAGCUAGCAGGCGGUAGUCAGCGCGAGCUCGGCCGUCAGAGUAGCUCUCUCAGCCCGGCUGAGACAGAUGGGCUCCUCGGUGAAAUUGAGUAAAAGGCGGAAGACUGCGUAUGAACAGUCACCCAGAGAUGCUACACAGCGGCUACCAGCUAGCUAACUGUUCCGACAUGCAGUCAACCGUGAGCCGAUUCAACAGGAUUUACAAUUUUUAAAUGAACCAUCUUGAAUGACGGCAUCCUUCUUUAUGGAUUUGCAACAGGACAGCUUGCACUAACUUCUAUACUUGAUAAACUCCUUGAAACCCAGGAUGGCAAGCAGGAGGAAGUCCACCACUCCCUGCAUGGUUCCUCCUCAAGAUACUAUAGACUCAGACCAGGAUAUGGAGGACGUCAUGGACACAACAGAUCCCGAGGACAGUAACGGAUUGGUGACUGCUUCUUCUGACGUUUCUACUUUGAUGGAGGACCGAGGUGAGGAUGCAGACGUCAGACAGGAUCUGCUACCAGACCCUUACAUGGACCUGAACAUGGCAGAAGGGGGCUACGAGUGUAAAUACUGCAGCUUCCAGACGUCGGAGCUCAACCUGUUCACCAUGCAUGUUGACACGGAGCAUCCCGAUGUUGUCAUUAGCACCUCCUACGUCUGCAUGGAGUGCGACUACCACACCAAAAGCUAUGACACACUUCAGGCCCACAAUGCUCGGCUGCACCCGGGCGAGGACAACUUCACACGAACAAUGGUAAAGCGAAACAACGAGACUAUCUUCCAGCAAACUGUCAACGAUCUCACUUUCGACGGCAGCUUCGUCAAAGAGGAGGACGACGAAGUGGAGGAGACGUCCCGCAAAGCCAUCCCCCUCAGCAAGACCCCCAUCAUGAGGAUCAGGAGCAGGUCAGAGCCCAAUAAAUUUGCCGCAGCGCCUAAAAUGACUGUCGACGACGAUGUGAUCAAAGUGGAAAGUGAUGAUGAGGGUGAGGAGAACGAAGAGCCUCCCCGGCUGUCGCCCGCUCCGAUGACCACUGCUGCCUCGGCUCCUCGCCUCAUCCCCGUCUCCACACCGGUGCAGGCCGUGCCUCAGAGCAUCGUGGUGAACAGCUCCAACAUGGUGCAGAUAAAAGGCGGCUCGGGUGGGGGCGGCUCCGUGCUGGCCCCAGGGACACUGGCCCAGGUUCUGUCAGCGUUGCAGACCCAACAGAACACUCAGACUCAGCUCCUGAUCCCCAUCAGCAGCAUCCCCACCUACAACACUGCCAUGGACAGCAACGUCCUGCUCGUCAGCGCCUACAACAGGUUUCCGUAUCCGUCCGUGUCGGAGAUCGUUGGUUUGUCGUCGCAAACCAAGUUCAGCGAGGAGCAGAUCAAGGUCUGGUUUUCUGCUCAGAGGCUCAAACACGGAGUCAGCUGGACACCAGAGGAGGUGGAGGAGGCAAGGAGGAAAAAGUUUAACGGCACAGUCCAAACUGUCCCUCAGACCAUCACCGUCAUCCCCGCAAACAUCGGUGCAGCUACGAACGGUCUGCAGUCCAUCUUUCAGACCUGUCAGAUCGUUGGUCAGCCAGGGCUCGUCCUCACUCAGGUGGCUGGCAACGGCAGCGCCAUGCCUGUGGCCUCGCCGAUCACCCUGACGGUGGCAGGGGUGCCCAGUAGCCAGCCCAAAGCCGCCGAACCUUCAGCACUCGAAUCGAACGCUGAGAUGUCGGGCUCGUCAGCCAGUUUGUCGCUCAGUUUGGAUGCAGCCACAGCAAAGCCAAAGAAGUCCAAAGAGCAGCUGGCGGAGCUGAAAGCGAGUUACGGCAGGAGGCAGUUUGCCAGUGAGGAGGAGAUAUCGCGCCUCAUGCAGGUCACCAAACUCUCCAAACGAGCAAUAAAGAAGUGGUUCAGUGACACGCGCUACAACCAGAGGAACUCGAAGGAUCACCACAGCUUGCUUCUGAGUGAGACUUCGUCCAGCAGAGCUGCAUCGGGAGGAGGCAGAGGAGGAAAGAACAGCAGCAACAUCCUCGAUGAAAACCUCGGCAGUGAGACUCCCACAAAUGCUACUGCUGCCGCCACCACCAUUGUUAUCGACUCCAGUGAUGACGCCAGCGACUCCUCCCCAAAUUCUGCCGCUGCCCCGGGCUUGUCGGGGUCAACGCGUGACCCGCGUGUCAAAUUCCGCCACGCUUUCCCCGACUUCACUCCACAGAAGUUCAAGGAAAAGACUCCAGAGCAGCUCCACAUCCUGGAGGCCAGCUUCCAGACAUCGGACCAACCUUCAGACGAGGAGCUGAGUCGGCUGCGUGCGGAGACGAAGCUGACGAGACGGGAGGUGGACGCUUGGUUCACAGAGAGACGGAAAAUGUCUCUGGCGGCUCAGUCAAGGGACAGCGACGCCGAGGGUGACCCAGACAAGGUGUCCACACAGGAGCGACAGAGCACUCCCCCCGUUACCAGGAAGAUCCUGAAGAAGACUCCGGAGCAGCUUCACAUUCUCAAGAAGGCUUUUGUCCGCUCGCAGUGGCCAACUUCCGAGGAGUACGAUCAGAUGGCGGAGGAGAGCGGCCUGCCGAGGACGUACAUCGUCAACUGGUUUGGAGACACCCGCUACUCCUGCAAGAACAGCAACCUGAAGUGGUACUACCUCUACCAGAGCGGAAAGGUGGACGAGGCGCUGAACGGUGGAGCAAAGAUCCAGAAGAAGUCCAGGAAGCGUUUCCACGGUUGGUCCAGGAGGUCGCGCCGUCCUUAUUCCUGCAAACGGUCUCCACAAGUGGGUGUUAGCGUCAUCAAGGUGAAGUCCGGUAAGAUGUUUCUAAAGGAAUACUACCUCAAACACAGAGCCCUGAGCGAGAAAGACUUGGACGAUUUGGUGGCAAAGUCCAAGAUGAGUUACGAGCAGGUGAGAGACUGGUUCUCUGAGGCCGCCAGAAAGGUGGAGGAAGGCAAGGAGCCCUUCAGCGAGGAGGAGGCAGAGGAGGAGGAGGCAGAUGAUGAUGAGGAGGAAGAAGAGGAGGAGGAAGUGGCAACAGCAGAGUGUGCAGACAGUGAAGGAGAAAUGGAGGUGAGAGAACAAGGAGAGGCCUCAGAUAAUGACUGUGUUGAAGAUGGAAAGAAGGAGGAGCCUGAUGAGGAGGAGGAGGAGGAAGAGGAUGAUGAAGAGAUCCAGGAGGAAUCUGAAGGUGACAGCCAAUCACAGCCUCAGGCUGAGGAGCGGACAUGAACAGGCAGGUUUACCGUUGCUUCCCCUGCUGUGGAGCUGACAAGACGACACCCAUCAGUAUUUCUCAGCUGGCGGGUCGGGACUCGGCGUCGGCGGCAGAAAGCAGACGUUAAACGAGUUGUGCCUUUGAACUAAACUUGGGGUCACGAUGCAGCUAAAAACCACUUUAAAACCACCCGGUCCGGACUUGGAUUGUUGUGGUGGACGGUGGGGACCAACCAAACAGGAGAAAACGACGAAGCCUCUCACCAAACACAGCGAGUGUGAGUUCCUGCACUGCUCCAAGCACCCUUUGUUUGUUUUUGUG